GAGAGCGAGCUGGGGGGUGAGCGAGCGAGUGGGGGAGGAGCAGCACCACCCUGCAGUUGCAUGGUGGGAAAAAGUCUCCUCCCCCCAACCCCACCUCCACCCUCCGCAUCCGGUCCAAUAACUUCGGGCUGAGCUGGAGCUUAGCCUGGGGAAAGAGGCGGACAGACAGACACCCCCCACAGCCCUAGGGGCGCGGUUCCCAGCGUGACUCCCCAGCCCAGGAGCUGCGGGAGAAGCCCCUCUUUCCAGACAGCAGCAUUGCCAGCUCCAGGAGGUCGCUCUGGUUUCGCAAGACAGUUUAUGCUUCUGGGCCCUCGCACCUGAUCCCCCAUCCGGCUUAUGUGGUGUCAAAAACGGGACACUGAGGUAGGAAGCCAGAGGCUGGAUGCUUCCUGCCAGGGGCAUGAAUGAGCCAGAAAGGCCUGGGGUCUGGGCUCAUCCCCUGCUGGGAUAAGGACACCCCAGGGAGCAGCCAUGGCUGCAGGGCAGGGGGCAGAGGGGGCCCUGGACCUGCAGUUUCAGAUCCAGGUGGAGCAGUCGGUGUGCUCCGCUGGGCUGACGGAGCAGCAGGCCUCAGCUGGGCCCGAGCCAGAUGCGGGACUGGAGCGGGCGGGCGGGCUGCCUAUUGUGGUGCAGUCCGGCACCAUUGGGGAGCUGCUGAGAUGGGUGGCACCGCAGCAGGCCCGGUAUGCGUCGCAGAAGGAGAUGCUGCAGCACUGGGAGGACGUCUGGCAGGAGGUGCUGCAGGCCCUGCGCAUCCUUCCGGAGGUGGGGCCGGCUCCGGCCUGCGCCCUCGGGCACGGAGAGCCAGAACUGCCGCCCCCUCCCAGAGUUGUGCCAGCACCGACUUGUGCACGUGGGUGUGAAAACCCCACCUCCCAGGGGGGCAGAGAGUCACCCAGGGGUCUGGAGCAGGCUGGGAUCGAGCUGAAGGAGGAGACGGCACUGUGCCGAGAGGAGCAGCUGUCAGCCCCGCAGACCCCUGCCGAGGUUAAUCCAACUCCAGCACCUACAUGGGGAUCCCUGCAGCUGCCCCAGCUGGCGCCAGAGGACGAUAUCGAGGCCUAUCUGGCCACCUUUGAGCAGGUGGCUGAUGCCUGCCAGUGGCCGAGAGGGGAGUGGACAAACCGACUGGAGCCGUACCUCACCGGGAAAGCCCAGCUGGCCUAUGGUAGCCUAGACAUCACAGAGACAAGUGACUAUGGGAAGGUGAAGGCGACCAUCCUGCGUCGCUAUGGCAUCAGCCCAGAGACACAGCGCAGGUGCUUCAGGGAAUUCUGCUACCAGGAGGCUGAGGGGCCCCAGGAGGUUUACAGCCGCCUCCGGGAGCUCUGCCAUCGCUGGCUGGAGCCGCAGAGCCACACCAAGGAGCAGAUCCUGGAGCUGCUGAUCCUGGAGCAGUUCCUGACCAUCCUGCCGGAGGAAAUGCAGAGCUGGAUCUGGGAAAGUGGUCCCGAGACCGGCGCCCAAGCAGUGGCCCUGGCAGAGGGGUUCCAGGUGGGGCAGCCAGAGAUCGAAUGGCCAGGGCUACAGGAGCCAGUACAGUUUGAGGAUGUGGCUGUGACUCUGAGUGAGGCAGAGUGGUUGUUGCUGGAUGAGGAGAAGCAGCAGCUCUACAGGGACAUCAUGUACGAGAAUUACCAGAGCAUCAGCUCGCUGGGUUUUCCAGUUCGCAAACCCGCCCUGAUCUCUCAGCUGGAGCGAGAGGAGGAGCCAUGCGUCCCAGAUCCCUCAGCCCCUGAGCAGCAGGAGACCCAGAGGGACGUCCCAACAGGCAGUGUUAGUUUAGAUCCCUCUGCUGGCUUCCCCCUGCACCUGGGGCCCGGCUCACACACCACUUCUCCCUUGGUCCCCGCAGACACCAGGAGGGGGCUGGACGCUGAGGAGCUGGCUGUGCUGCACCACGGGGAGGCAGAGGCACCUGUCAAAGCAGCUCCAACACCCAAGGCCUCACCAAGAUGGCCCAAGAGGAAAGCGCCCCAGAGCCCUGGCCGGAAGAGAAAGAAACCCUCUCUGGACGGAGAAGAGCCAGAAGCACCCUCUGAGGGUGGGAAAGAGCAGCUCCCCACCUGUCCCAUGUCCAUGCAACAGCCGCUUCCUUCUGUGCGCAUGCAAAAGCCUUUCCGUCCAGUACGCAGGAAACAGCCACCCCCACCCCUGCGCCGGGAACAGCCUGUCCCUCCCGUGCAUAGGGAACAGCUGCCCCCUCCCCUGAGCAGAGAACAGCCUGCCCCUCCCAUGCACAGGGUACAGCCUGUCCCUCCCAUGCAAAGGGAACAGCUGCCCCCUCCCCUGAGCAGAGAACAGCCUGUCUCCCCCAUGCACAGGGAACAGCCACCCCCUCCUGUACGCAGGGAACAGCCGCCCCCUAUCCAGCUGCCCCAUCUGCCAUCCCUGGCUAAGUCCUGCAGCAAGGAGCCAGCAGAGCAAGAUUCCCCUCCCAGCAAGAGCCCGCCCCCCUCUGAGAAGUCCUACCAGUGCCCCUUGUGUAGUCAGAACUUCAGGCAGAGCUCGGACCUGCAGCGGCACCGGCGCGUCCACACGGGAGAGAAGCCUUUCCACUGCCUGGUGUGUGAGAAGAGCUUCCGGCUGCAGUCCAACCUGAUCGUGCACCAGCGCACGCACACCGGGGAGCGGCCCUACCAGUGCGGGGAGUGCGGCCGGGCCUUCUCGCAGAGCUCCAACCUCCUGACCCACAGCAAGAUCCACCUGGGCCAGAAGCCCUACGCCUGCUUCGAGUGCGGCAAGAGCUUCCACCACAGCUCCAACCUCAUCAUCCACCAGCGCACCCACACCGGCGAGCGGCCCUACGAGUGCAGCGUCUGCACCAAGCGCUUCAGCGACCGCUCCACCCUGGUGCAGCACCGGCGCGUCCACACGGGUGAGCGCCCCUACGCCUGCUCCGAGUGCGGCAAGUGCUUCAGCCAGGCCUCACACCUGGUCAAACACCGACGCACCCACGCAAGCCCCUGCACCAAGAAUAGAGCUGCCCCCAGAAAAACACCAGUCACAGCAGCGGAGAGAACCAGCCCUAAAAAUGGGGCAGCCAUGGGGGAGGAGAGAGCUGCCCCUACUGCUGGGCUGAGAGAGAGGAUUGCCACGCCUCAAAAUGGAGCAGCUCCAGGGGAGGAAAGAGCAGCCCGGAAAGAUGCACCCACAGUGGGGAAGGACAGAGCCACCCAGGAAGUGGUUUCAGAGGGGGAGAAGGACAAAGCAGCUCAGAAAGUUGCUUUGGCCAGGGAAAAGAUAGCUGCCCCCAAACGCAUGCUGGCAACAAAGGACACGCUGGCCGCAGGGAAGGAAAGGGUAACUCCCACACUUGGGCUGGGUGAGUUGAGAGCUGCCCUCAUAAACAGGCUGAGCACAGGAAAGGACAGAGACAUGCCAGCUGUGGGGGAGAAGAGAGCACCGACUCCAGCUGCACCGGCUCUGCAUGAGGAGCGAGCCGCUCUGAAAGAUGCACUGAGGGCAGGGAAGGACAAAGUAGCAACAAACCACACAUCAGCUGCGGAGAAGGGGAGCAUCGCCCCCAAACGCACGCUGGCCAUGAGGCAGGGAAGAGCCAGCCCCAAGCACACACUGGCCACAGGAAAGGGGAGAGCCAACCCUGAACACGCACUGGCCACGGGGAAAGGGAGAGCCAGCCCCAAACACGCACUUGCCCCGGGGAAGGGGGGAGCCGGCCCCAAACACGCACUUGCCCCGGGGAAGGGGGGAGCCGGCCCCAAACACGCACUUGCCCCGGGGAAGGGGGGAGCCGGCCCCAAACACGCACUUGCCCCGGGAAGGGGGGAGCCGGCCCCAAACACGCACUUGCCCCGGGGAAGGGGGGAGCCGGCCCCAAACACGCACUUGCCCCGGGGAAGGGGGGAGCCGGCCCCAAACACGCACUUGCCCCGGGGAAGGGGGGAGCCGGCCCCAAACACGCACUUGCCCCGGGGAAGGGGGGAGCCGGCCCCAAACACGCACUUGCCCCGGGGAAGGGGGGAGCCGGCCCCAAACACGCACUUGCCACGGGGAAGGAGGGAGCCGGCUCCAAACACGCACUUGCCACAGGGAAGGGGGGAGAUGCCCCCAAACACGUGCUGGCCACGGGGAAGGGGAGAGCCAGCCCCAAACACGUAUCAGGCACACGGGAGCGCAGACAGCAGGGGAAUCCUCUCAUGUCACUGCGUGAUAGGGGCAGGGAUGGCUCACGGGGGGAACAGACUGUGAGGAGCCCCAUCACUGCACGGUAGGGUCCUGGCUGGCUUCUCUGAACAUGCAUUCAGCUGGUUUUCCACUGACUGGGUGUGAAACCCCAUCAAUGUGCAGGAGGGAAGUAAUGCCAAGGCCAUAGGCUCGCACUUAGGCAGCAGUGGAGAAGCUGGCCUGGCGUGGGAUGCAUGAACAGCACAGAGAGGACGGGCAGCACGAAGGCACUUCUGGCACCGCGGGACCGGAGCUGGCAGAGCAAGUGGCUGGCGUGUAAAAUGCAAGCACAGACCUCUCUCUCUCUCAGGGUGGGGGGAGAGAGGAGGCUGAAAUCUUGGCAGGCAACAGGAAGGGAGAGUUGGGUGAAUUUUAAACUCUCAGAUUGGGCCCUGAGCUGAGGGAGUGUAAAAAAAGCUCUAGAAAUCUCCCUCUGUGUGGAAUUAAAAUGAGAAGAAAGGUUCUGGUGUGACCAACUCGUGAUCUGUGGUCUUGUCUCUUAAAGCCCCAGCUCUGCUUUUAUAGAUAAAAAGAAAAUCUGGGUCUAGUCCAAUGACCGGAGA